GCAGGUUUGCUGGCCUCAUUCCGAAUCCUUACUCUUCAUUCCGCGUGUCGUUUGGCUCCAAUCUAUCAUGUCAAGCUUGUCUGUCCUCGUGGAUGGGCUAGAGCUCCCAUCAAACCCAAACUUUUCUCUUGGCUCCACUAGCGAAUCUGCCUCGAACUCCUUCCAAUCCGGGGAUAUUUCGGCUUCUGGAACGAGUCUUCCCUCGUCUGCUCCCAUUGCUACGCCUUCACCUGAAUCAACCCCCAAUCCCGGUGCUCGUCGGAUAUUUAGCCGCGACGCCCCCGAUCUCGAAAUGCCAGGCCGACCUCGAGCCAUUCGUCGCAACGCGAGAGGUGCCUCCGAAGAUGAGGAGAAUACUCCUUUAGCGACCCGCAAAGGCAGGUCGCAGACGGUUGCUUUACGACCUAAAACGACCGGCCUUCUGUCGCUUCGCGAGCAGGAAAAGCUUGUUCAAGAGAAAGACAAGGAAAUUUUCGAUCUCAAAAUGAAACUGUAUCAUACAGAGGAGAAGCUCUCCCAGAAAGUUCCCGAGGACAUCAAUAUCAUUCUCAAGCAGAAUGUAACGGUCAAAUCAAAGAACCAAUCAUUGCAGCUGGAAAUCAAGGAACUAAAAAAAGCCAUGAAAAAUCUGGAUCGCCGAAAUCAGGAGCUUAUAGUAGAUCGUGACAAAUUUCUCGAGGAGCUUGAAUUGCAAAACAUAACCCACGAGGAUGAAAUAGCUCAUCUGAAAGAGCAGAUAAUCACAUCCCAACCCUCAUCGUCCAACACUGACCCACAAAAUGCGGAGCUAGAAGAGCUGAACAAUCAGCUUCAAUCAGACCUCGACGAGUUGCGUUCGUUGCUGCAAGAUAAUGACAACGAGCUUCGUCGAUUGCGCGAAGAGCUGGAGCGCAGCAGGGCUAGUAACCGGUCAUCUUCGUCGACCUCAAGGGAUCAUCAGUCUCGCCUUGAGAAGCGCAUUGCGGAGUACGGGCAGGAGAAUGCCGAACUUCUCGCUAAACUUGAAGAAUACGCAUUCAUCUUGGAGGAGAAAGAGCAGAUUAUUGGUGAACUUGAUGACAAGGUUUCUUCGCUCGAGAUAGACAACGAACGAUUGGACCUCGAAUGUCAGCGCUUGGCGCAAGAGAGAAGUGAAAGCCGUGCUGAGAUCUAUGAGCGGCGCUUGCGGGAAGAGGAUGUUGAGGAUGGACAAAACGCGCUUCGGGAUGACUUGGCGGCAACGAGUAUUGCUUUGGAGCAGAAGGAAAAUGAGCUUGAGGCUAAACAUGAAGAACUCGUCUCCUUCGUCGAGGCUCUGGAGCAUCGGACGCAGGAGGUGGAAGAUUGGAAAGCUGAAGUUUCCGAGGAAAGAUCCAGAGCGGAUGAAUUGCAGAGUGUGCGUCCGCCCCUAUGAUCUUUUGGACCAUCCUGAUCAUUCUUGACACAGGCGUUGGCCGAACGUGAAGUUGCAGUUAAGGAGCUCGAGCUGCGGGUGAA